GGGUGACGGUUCUCAACAGCAAAUGACCACAGGUGCGGUAACCAAUAGCGUAACGGGGAACCUGGUGGAUCGUCGAGAGGAGGCGCUCUGAAUACCUACUUAUUCUAAGUUCCAACGGCUUUGCCUUCCACUACCUCAACUACUUACGACGUACUGAUGAGAUGGAAGUUGUUUGCUGUACGUUGAGCUUGAAGAUAGCCCUCAAUUGAUGAAUGGGCUUAGCACCUCACAUGACCUGCUCUCAACGACUUCCUUCGGGACCAGGACAAUGGCCCCCUCCGGGACGACGACUAUCUCAACCCUCUAUCCCGACAAGCUCUCCUGACAAUGGGACAGCCCAUGAGGAUCCCGAGCUGGCUCGCAGGGGUCGGCGUGAAGCUGCGACAGAACCACCUCUGGCAGCGGAUAGUGAAGCACACCACCGCCGUCACCAUUGCUCUCAUCAUCGUUUUCAUCCCGGCCGUUAAUGCCCGCUAUGGGCCUUCCAGCUUCCUGGCCCCGAUGACGACCGUAUUUGGCCACUCGGGCCAGCGUUUCGGUCAGAUGGCCGAGUCGCUUUUCCUGAUCGUCUGCGGCGUAACGCUGGGACUCGGCUGGGCUCUCUUGGGUCUGCAUUUGUCGAGUCUCAUUUUCGAUACGAACCAGGCCGCCGGGUACACCAUCAGAGCCAUCUUCGUGGUCAUCGCCAUCAUAUUCCAUGGCUACAUCCGGUCUCACAGCCCAAGGCUCUUCAUCAUGGUGUUUGUUGUCCUCAUCAUAUGCUUUACUAUCUUGAUGGGUACCGUACAUACCGUCACCACCGCGCUGGUCACCCAGAUUCUGUAUCCAAUGCUCACGGCCAUGGGGGUACUACUGGUUACCAACGUAUCCAUUUUCCCAGAGUUCUCGGGCAGCUUCUUGGGCGAGACCACGAUCGAGGUUCUAUCCCAAACCGAGACCACGCUAAAGGCAGCCGUGGAAUGGUUUACAGAACCGAUCGCAGAAAAAAAAGCCAGGCCGUCCAACGCAGAUUCAGAUUCACCCUUUGAAGCACACAACGCCGCCUCUUCGGCCUCAACGUCUGCACACGCAGAUAAUCAAAAUGGCCAACAACGCCAGGUUGACUCGAGAAAGCCGCUGGAUAAGUCGACGCGGGUCUCUCGGCUUGCUGCCCUUACCGUCGCGAAGGAGAAUCUGAGGAUGAAACUGGGCAGCUGCAAGAAGGCUUACGAAGAAUGCACGUUUGAGAUCAUGUACUCCGUCCUACCUCCACGAAGCUUGAAGCCGAUAAGCAAGAGGGCAAUGGCAGGCCUUGUGCGAAACGUUAUUACACUAAUUAGUGCUUGUGAAAGCAAGUUUGCACUGAUUGGCGAAGAUAUCGAGGAUCCCCCGUCGAGGACGAGUGAGUUGGAUGCUAGCUCCGAUUCCUCACAUUCCGAGAGCGACUCCUCUUCCUCCGAGGAUAGUGGCUCAGACGACGUCGGUCGAGAGGGCAUGAGCAGAUCUAGCAAAAGGAAACUAAAGAGCCUGAAAGCCCGUCAGGCCCUUGCCGAUGUGCUAAAUGAGCUGAAGCCUCAUCGGGAGAUUGCCUCUGGCGAUGUCGAUGUUCUCGAGUCUCUCCUCGGUCGUGUUAGAGAACCUGUGGCAGAGCUGUUGACAAACGUCAACGACGCCAUUGACUUGGUUAUGACGUGUCUAGCUUAUUGCUACGAUGUAAAAAGACUACCCUCAGGCGCCAUCGUCCCGAAGGGCAUCAGAAUCGAGGAGGUUGAUAUCCGCGUGGACAUUUUCGCCACUGCGAUAGCUUCCUUCGAUAUAAGCUCUACGGAAGCACUUGGGAAAGCGGCGUUGGUGGGUGCCGCGGAUGGCGAGGUCGAUAUCAUGCCGAGAAUCGAAACCUUUGUCAUGUCGUCAUGCCUCCUGAGCCUGCGGCAGGCGGCGGAGCAGACCAUGCAGAUGCUCAAACAUACCAGAGUCCUCGUGGAGCGGAGACAAGCGAGACACGAGCGGAAACGGGUUUACAUGCCCAGGAGGAUCAAGUGGAGGAAGUGGCUCCUUUCCGGAGGAGAGCAAGAUGUGAUGGCACUCCCCGAGGAUGCGCGUAAGGACAUGCGGACCGGCAAGCACGUCAAGAAAAGUCCAAUCAAAGAGAAAGAAGACGAUGAAGAUGGCAAUAUAAGCGAUUCCCGCCCAGUUUGGUCUCGAAGCAGAGAUCCGGAAACAGCUGUCGCCGACACCCCCGAGAAGAAAUCACGUCCACGGGAGCUGCGACGACCACCCCGACGCAGGGCUGAGAGCAAGAAUAGAGCCUCCGAACCCUCCACCCUCUUACAGCACAGGGGCCAGGUGGCAAACUUGGUGGAAUCCAUCAUGCACUCCGAACAUCUCGGCUACGCCCUCAAACUUGCUGUCGCGGUCAUGCUGGUGAGCUGGGUCGCCUUCUUUGGACCGCUGAACUCGUGGUAUGCAUCCUCUCGAGCGACCUGGGCGCCGCUGCAGUUAGUUCUCGUCUUCGAGGUCGCCAUUGGCUCUUCAUUCUGGAUCUUCAUGGUUCGAGCCGUCGGAGUGCUCUUCGGAUGCGUAUGGGGCUUCGUCGCGUAUAAGAUCAGCCAGGGCAACCUUGUUGCGCUCGUUGUUCUUCUGGUCAUUGCAAUAAUCCCGUCGGCUUAUGUCCAGCUGGGUACUCCGUAUGUCAAGGCUGGCAUGAUCUCGAUUGUAUCAAUGAGCGUGGUUUCCUUAGCUAUCAUCAGUUUCUCGGGUGCCCCAUGGGAGAUCUUCCUAAAACGCCUUGCUGCCUUCAUGGUCGGCGGAGCUGUCGCGAUCCUCGUUGAGCUGGUGCUAUAUCCUGUCAGGGCGAGAGAUCGGCUGGUGGAGUCGCUAUCGUCGUGCAUCAGCCAAAUCAGUCACAUGGAGGGAACUAUUGCUGGUGGGGUAGAGGACCCGAAUAAGGUCUCGGACAUACUGUCAGCACGCUCGAUCUCGCGAUUUAACAAGGCGGAAAAGAAGGCACAAAACGCCCUCAGGGCUGCCGAGACCUUUCUCCCGUUCUGCCUCAGUGAACCCCGUCUUCGGGGCAGCUUUAAGAGCCUGGAGCCCAUCUACCGCGAGAUCAUCUACGUUCUCCACCAGAUCAUCGACCGCAUGGACAAUGUGAUGGCACUGCGCCUGGCCUAUGGAAGCUCCGUGCUCAAGGAGCUUAACCCCCAGAUCUACUCGUACCGACGGAAUCUCGCGGCCAGCGUCACGCUGACCCUCUUCGCCGUGAACGAAGCGCUGACUACAAGGCUGCCGCUGCCGCAGUUCCUCCCGUCGUGCCGCCUCGCCCAGCUAAGGCUCGUCAACCGGGUCCGCGAGGUCAUGCAGUCGGAGCCGUCGUUCGCGGGGGCCGUGGUCAUCGGGGCUCCCAGCGAGAGGAGGGGAUGGGUAGGGGGAGGGGGAAGGGGGGGAUCGGGCGUCGGCACUCCCGGGACCCGCUCCAGGGCGACCAGCCAGGUGAUACGCAGCGCCAGCAAGCAGACCUUCCUCUCGUGGAACGCCACCACGGCCGGCCAGAUGGAGAUCAUCGAGUACCUCGAGGAGCUGGUCGACCUGGCCAAGCUGCUGGUCGGCGUCAACGCCUUCCGCAGCGGUAUGCUGGACCGGCCGAGCUACCAGAACUACGUCGAGCGCCUCCGCAUGCAGGACGGGCGGCGGUCGUCCGCGGCCGCGCCCCCCGACGACAGCGACGCGACCAUGACGAUGCCCAUGUCCCCCGUCUCGAGCGCGCCGGCGGCCGUGCGGCGGUGGAGGGCGCCCAGCAUGGGGACGACGGGCCUGGAGCGCUCGCUGUCCGCGUUCCGGGACAACGUCGUGCGGAGGAGGAAGCGGAGCAACACGGAGGCGCAGCGGGGCCAGGACGGUGCCGGUGGCGGUGCCGAGAGGGCGGAACAGCUCCCGGUCAGCCUUCAACGUGUGGGCACUAGAAUUAGAAAGGAGAGGAGUUUGGCUGGGAAGAUGAACAUGCCGAAUAGCUAGCAUGGUGGAAGAGUGAUCAUGAGCCUGUAUGCUAGUUAAAACAUGCCCAAGAACGCAAAAGGGAUGUGUUUUUGGCCAAGAAUGGCGGCGAUGUAAAUAGUAGGCAUGGUCUUGUACUUGCUAAUACUACAGCUAAUACUACAAAAGCGACAAGAGUGCCUAAACCGCGUCCAGACCUACAACUAGAAAAUGCAUGCUCAGCGGGUGGUCUCUUUUCUUCAUGUCCACCCUUCGCCGAGCAUGUCUGCCACGGUGUACCCCUCUCGCCAGAUUUGCAAGGGGGUAGCUAGU